CUCAAGGCGCGGCAACUUUGGACGCCGGCGACAUGGCCAUGUGGACGCUCGCGGCAUGCCUCGUGGUGUUUCGCGUGUUCAAUGCGCUGUUCGUGAGGACGUACUUCAACCCCGAUGAAUUCUGGCAGAGCUCGGAAGUAGCUCAUCACAUGGUGUUUGGCUAUGGCUAUCUGACGUGGGAGUGGCAGCCACAUGCCCAGUUGCGAGGGUAUGCACACCCCGCCAUAUUUGCUCUGCUGUAUAAGAGUCUACAGCUGCUGGGCCUCGACUCGCGAUGGGCGGUGGCGUACGGGCCCCGCAUCCUCGAGGGCGUCUUCACAGCCAUCACGGACAUUUUCCUGUACAAGUUGGCACGCACAUACUUCGACGCCUCGACAGCGAAGUACGCGUUGCUCUGCCAGAUCUCGUCAUGGUUUGUCUUCUUCGCUCUGAGCCGCACGUUCUCCAACUCGAUCGAAGCAUGCUGCACGACAAUCGCGCUCAGCUAUUGGCCGUGGCACUUUAUGAGCGGGCAGGCCAAGCGCGAAUCGGGCGAAUCGACGACGGAGCGCCGCCACCUUCGGAUUGCUGUUGCGUUCGCAGCACUUGGAUGCAUUUUCCGGCCGACGAAUGCAGUGUUGUGGGUCUUUCUGGCAUCGUCUCUCCUCGUUCGUUCCACGUCUCCAGUGUCCUUGAUCCUGUCGACCUUCAUGCCCAUCGGGGUUGUGUCGAUUGCCGCGAUGGCCGUCGUGGACCGCAUUGGCUACGGCGAAUGGACAUUUGUUCCGUUCAACUUCAUGAAAUUCAACGUGUUGGAGGGCAAGGACAAGCUGUACGGAGUGCAUCCUUGGCACUGGUACUUCGUCGCGGGGUUCCCACAGGCCACAGCGACCCACUUGCCUCUCAUUCUGUAUGGCGUGUUCCUCACCCAGCAACGCGACCUGGCCGCCGUCGUGCUGUGGAGUUUGUGCGUGUUCAGCUUCGGUGCUCAUAAGGAACCACGUUUCCUCUUCCCACUGCUACCUGCGUCCUUUGUGUAUGCAGGCAAGGCGCUGCACUCCCUCGAGACACGAACGUUCUUCAAGCCGGUUGUGAGCCUCCUCGUGGCCGCGAAUGGCGCGGCCGCUGUCUACUUCUCCCGCUUCCACCAGGUACCUCGCCAUGUUGGUCGACAUGGUCCUCACACGUCAACUCGAUGGGCAGCGAGGUCCGUUGGACGUGCUCGACUACUUGGCCGCCCACGUCGGCCCCACCGACUCGAUCGACUUUCUCCUGCCCUGCCACGCCACGCCCUUGUACAGCCAUCUCCAUCUCAACAUCCCGCUCUGGUUCCCCACGUGCACCCCAUCGUACGUGCUGUUUGGUGGAUCCGUCUUACUUGGGUCUGCAGCGAACGCGAAGUCGGGUCGCCAUCCGAUGCACUGCGCCAAGACCCUCUCGCGUUCGCAACUGCACGAUACGCGGCGACCCCCCUGCCUACGUACGUUGUCAUGUACAGCUCCAGCGCGGCGGCGUUGGCCGAGUCCUUGGCGGCAUGGAAGUUCUCCCUCGACCAAGCGUUUGCCCACGCGACCGUGUCGCUGGAUGCGGACAGUCCCGUUCCCGACACCCACAUGCUCGUCUACAGCCGCAAGGCCCACAAAUCUCCGUAACAGUGUGCUCUGUGGCCGCUGCACCACCUACUUCACCGAAGUCUGCACGCAUGCGCAACACGGUCCUGCGGUGGAACAAAGUGGCCGCGAGCAAAAACGCAUAAUGGAAAUGCUAUGUCUCCGUCCUUGGUUGA